AUGGACAAUGGGGACAACCCCAGUGACAGUGGGCUGGUGGCCACAGGCUCCAAGGAGUCCCCCAGCCCAGCCCUGGGGUGCAGCAAACUCUGGGGGUGGGUUCCUACGGGUAAAGUGGGGACAGGCAGCACCCGGGACCCAUGGUCCCACACCCUGACGGUCCCUGUUUGUCCCUGUGGCUGCUGCAUCGCGGGAGACCCCGGCGGGCAUCAGAGCGGAGCCGGGAGCUGCCCCCCGGCAGCGGGGCUGCCCGCCCUCAUCGCCGCGCUGGCCUACUGCUACCUGCGGGACCGCCUGUCCAAGGAGGAUGCUCUGCUGGAAGCUGCAAGGAUCAACAACGUUUUGGAAGUCAACAGGUUGUUGCAGGAAGGCGCGGAUGUGAACGCGAGGCACAGGCUGGGCUGGACGGCUCUCAUGGUGGCAGCCAUCAGCAGGAACUCCAGUGUGGUGAAGGCCCUGCUCACAGCUAAUGCAGAUCCAAACCUUGGUGAUGAUUUCAGCAGUGUGUAUGAGAUUGCUAAAGAAAAGGGCCUCCACUCCUUGGAAGUCCUUGUCACCCGGGAGGACGACUUCAGCAACCGUCUGAACAUCCGAGCCAACUUCAAGGGCUGCACAGCUCUGCACUACGCCGUGCUGGCUGACGACUACCUGACAGUCAAACUGCUGCUGGAUGCAGGUGCCAGCCCCCUGCAGAAGAAUGAAAUGGGACACACCCCCCUGGAUUACGCCCGUGAAGGGGAGGUCAUGAACCUUCUGAGAGCGUCAGAGGCGAAGUUCCAGGAGGAGCAGCGCAGGAGGGAGAUAGAGGAACGGCGAAGGUUCCCGCUGGAGCAGCGGCUCAAAGAGCACAUCAUCGGUCAGGAGAGCGCCAUAGCCACAGUGGGGGCAGCUAUUCGGAGGAAGGAAAAUGGCUGGUAUGAUGAGGAGCACCCACUGGUCUUUCUUUUCUUGGGAUCAUCUGGAAUAGGUAAAACAGAGCUGGCCAAGCAAACGGCCAAGUACAUCCACAAGGACGUCAAAAAGGGUUUCAUCAGACUGGACAUGUCAGAGUUCCAGGAGAGGCACGAGGUGGCAAAGUUCAUCGGCUCACCACCCGGCUACGUGGGCCAUGAAGAGGGUGGGCAGCUCACCAAAAAGCUGAGGCAGUGCCCAAAUGCUGUGGUCCUCUUUGACGAGGUGGACAAAGCCCACCCAGAUGUGCUCACCAUCAUGCUGCAGCUGUUUGAUGAGGGCAGGCUGACAGAUGGGAAGGGGAAGACCAUUGACUGCAAGGAUGCCAUCUUCAUCAUGACCUCCAACGUGGCCAGCGAGGAGAUCGCACAGCACGCUCUGCAGCUCCGGCAAGAGGCCAUGGAGAUGAGCAAGAAAAGGAUCGUGGAAAACUUAGAGGAUGUCCAGAUGGCUGACAAGAUCACCAUCUCCAAGCAGUUCAAGGAAAAGGUUAUUCGCCCCAUUUUGAAGGCUCACUUCAGACGGGAUGAAUUCCUGGGGAGGAUCAAUGAAAUUGUCUAUUUUCUUCCUUUUUGCCACUCAGAGCUCAUCCAGCUGGUCAACAAGGAGCUCAGCUUUUGGGCCAGAAAGGCCAAGGCGAGGCACAACAUCACUCUGCUGUGGGACAGGGAGGUCAUGGACGUGCUGGCCGAUGGCUACAACCUGCACUACGGCGCCCGCUCCAUCAAACACGAGGUGGAGCGUCGCGUGGUGAACCAGCUGGCAGCCGCCUAUGAGCAGGACCUGCUGCCACACGGCUGCACUCUCAGGAUCACCGUGGAGGACUCAGACAAGCAGCUGCUGAAAAGCACAGAGAGCACGGAAAAAUCCAAGGUGCCAACCCUGCGGCUGGAGAUCGUGGAGAAGGACAGCAAGGCCCGAAAACUGGAGAUCCAGGCACCGCUGAACCCCGAAAACAUCACUUACUUCUUGUAGGCAGCACUGGGCACUCCCGGCGGCAAUAAAAUACCCCAAGAGUCAGAGUGAGCGGUGUCAGAAAGGGCAGAGCCGCAGUCCUGCCACCACCAGGCACGGGCACGGACAUGGACACGGGCACAGACACAGACAUGGGCCGGAGCUGCCCCAGGGUGGGCACCAAGGGCUCUCUGGGGGUGCAGCUGUGGGUGAUGAGGUGCCCUGGUGCCAUUCAGGGUUGGGUCGGUGGAAGGUCCUGAGGUGUCACGGGGUGUUGGAGCUUUUUAAGGAAGGGGGAAGCGAUUGUGGACCAUGCAGGAGCCGGGAUGGAUUUGUCAUUCUCAUGGGAGGGGGCUUGCUGGGAUAGCUGGGCUGGCAAGGUGGGCACAGGGACCGAGUGUGAGUGUAAAAGCCACCAGGCUCCUGCUCUGUAUCGUCCCCAUUUCUCUUUAUUUGUGGCAAUAAACAUGCCAUACACAUCCGA